UUAUAUCAAAAUCAGAAUUCUUUCAUUAAAGAGACAAAUUUUUCAUCUUAGAUAGUUUAAAAUUGAAAAACAUAUCUUAACUUGAUAUUUAAUUACACAUUUUUACUAUAAAUAAUAUAAAAAAGGAAAAAAUAUUUUCUUCUGAAUGUAUAUAUUUAAUAGAUUUAUUUUUUGAGAAGCUUUCAUUUAUUUGUUCUUAUAUGAUGGAAAAUAUUUCCAAAAAAAUGGAACUUCAGUUAAAACUAAGACCUCGAAGUCCUGAUAUUAUAUCCGGUAAAACAAAAAUGAAGAUGAGACAAAUUGGCUCUAAAUCAUUUCAGGAGUUCUGUAAAAAUAAUCCAGAGUAUUCUGAUGUAUCAGAUAAAAAUACCAUAAUUUAUCCAUUAAAAACAGUGAAUAACUGUAAUAAUUGUAGCUUACAAUCAACACCUUAUAGUCAAUAUUCAAAAAAAUUACUAUUACAAUCAAAAGAAGAAAUUAAUCUAAGUCCCAUUUCUGUUACACCAAUAUAUAAAAAAUUAUCCAAUAUAAAUGACAAUCUUGAUGAUUUCCCAACAACAAAAAGUAACAUUUCACAGGGUCAUUCAUUUAAUUCAAAUAUUUUAAGUGUAUCAAAAAAAUACAAAAAUAAUAAAAAUUCAGGCGAAUACUCAUUAUUAAAAAACAAUAAUCAAUAUGAAGCUAUACAAUCUAAAUUACUAAACAAUAAUAUAUCAAAAAAUUACGAUGAAACUAAAAAAUGUUUGUUAGAGAAAAAUACUUCAGGUUCAACAAAUGUAGAUAUGGAUCAAGAUUCCUUAAAUAUAUCGUUUGAUACUUUAGAACAAGUUUGUCAGAUGACAGAAAAUAAUUUUAAAAAUAAAAAUUCAGUUUCUUUAUUUUUAUAUGGAGAUAAUUUAUCUAAAAUUGAAAAUACUAUAGAGGAAAAAAAAUUAUUACAAUUAGCAUUAAACAUGGAAGAUAAUUUAUCAAUGCAGUUAAAAAAAAAAAAAGUUCGAAAUACAGAAAAAAAAUUUACAUCAUUAAACGAAUUGAAUAAAAGUGACAAUUUAUUUAAAAGUAAUGAUCAAGUACAAAGUGUUACAAAUAAUUAUGCUGAAGAUAUACUUAACAUAGGGAACACACAAAUGUGUGAAAUAGCUGAUAUAACUGAACCACUAUCAUCAUUUUAUGAUCAAUUGACUCAAAAUUUUGUUCAAAAAAGUAAUGAUAAUAAAAGUGAACACUUAGAUGACAUUUUUAAUACUAAUAUAAAUAAUCAACAAGGAUACAUUAUGUCUCAAUUGAAAAACGACAAUCAAAAACAAAACUGUAUUAAUAAAAAAAAUUUUAUAAAUAAAACAAGUAUAGAAAACCAAUCUAUAAUGGAACCCCAAAAUAAUUCAUUGAAUAGUAAUGAUUCAAAGAGUGAAUUUAAGGGUUUUUCUACUGCUACUGGCAAAUCAAUAAAAGUAUCUGAAAAGGCAUUGCAAAAUGCACAAAAAAUGUUGAUUGACGAUGAAACUGAAAGUACAAUGAAAAUACCAAAUAAUUCAUUGAAUAGUAAUGAAGAUUCAAGGAGUGAAUUUAGGGGUUUUUCUACUGCUACUAGCAAAUCAAUAAAAGUAUCUGAAAAGGCAUUGCAAAAUGCACAAAAAAUGUUGAUUGACGAUGAAACUGAAACUACAAUGAAAAUACCAAAUAAUUCAUUGAAUAGUAAUGAAGAUUCAAGGAGUGAAUUUAAGGGUUUUUCUACUGCUACUGGCAAAUCAAUAAAAGUAUCUGAAAAGGCAUUGCAAAAUGCACAAAAAAUGUUGAUUGACGAUGAAACUGAAAGUACAAUGAAAAUACCAAAUAAUUCAUUGAAUAGUAAUGAAUAUUCAAGGAGUGAAUUUAGGGGUUUUUCUACUGCUACUGGCAAAUCAAUAAAAGUAUCUGAAAAGGCAUUGCAAAAUGUGCAUAAAAUACUAAAUGAUGAUCAAAGUUCUGUACAUCAUUUUUUUGAAAUUAAUAAAGAUUCUAAAUUUACUAUAAAUCAUGAUAACAAUGUUUUACAAACUUUUAGCAUUUUAGAUGGUUUAAAUACCGAAGCUAUGAAUGAUAUUUUUGCUGAUGAUAUUUCUUUUUCAUCAAAUUUAGUUGAGUCUUUGAAGAGUUCUUCAGUAAAUUCUUAUGAUUGUAAAGUCCAAAUUGAGGUUCCAGGUAGUUUCAAUAAUAUACACAGAGAUAUUUUGAAUGACUCAACAUCAAUUCUUGAGGAUCAAUCAUUAAUAGAUACUAUUGAGCAGAUUGAAAAAGUCCAAAAUGUUUCCAACUUAAAAUUUAACAAUAAAAGACCACUUAACCCUACAACAAAUGAUAUACAGCAUGAAAAUAAAAAAACAUUGUUUGAUAACGAAUGGGAAAUAAAAGAAUUAGAAAAUAUAUUUAAGAAAUAUUUAAACAAUAAGUUAAGUGAUUUCAAAGUAUCCCUGUUUUCUGCAGUUGGGCACAAUUUACCUAAGAGAAAAGUGAUAAAACAAAAUCUAAAUUACAUCAACAUGGAUAAUCUAUUAAAUAUGAAGUUAUACUGGGAUUGUAAUCAAAAUCUUAAAGAUGCAAAUAUCUACAACUUUUGUGAUGUAAGAAAAAUAUUUGAAUCUCAUAGUUUUGUUGAUAAAAAAUUAAUUCCAAAAGGUUGGGUUGAAAAUCAUUUUUUUUGGAUAGUCUGGAAAUUAGAAUCAACUGAACUUAGUUUUCCAAAUAAAUUUUCCAACAAACUUUUGACAGCAAAAAACAUUAUUCUUCAACUUUUAUUUCGAUAUUAUAGAGAAAUAGAAAAAUGUCAAAGAUCUGCCUUAAAAAAAAUUCUUGAAAAAGAUGAUAUUUCAACAAAAAGAAUGGUUUUAUGUGUUUCAAAAAUAACUUAUAUUAGUACUAGUGAAACAUUUAACAUUGAACUGACUGAUGGAUGGUAUAAAGUCUAUGGUAUGUUAGAUUUUGAGAUGAACAGACUUAUACGCAAAGGUGUUAUUAAAGUUGGAACAAAACUUUUCAUAACUAACGCAGAACUUAUUGGAGCUGGAGAAGGAAUAGAUCCAUUAGAAAUUCACGAAAAUGUUAAACUAAAAAUUUCAACAAAUAGUACACGACGUGCUCGUUGGUAUUCCAGACUAGGGUUUUGUAAAAAUUCAAAUCUUCCACUACCAAUUACUCUAGAAUCUAUUCUUCCACGUGGUGGUUUAAUUGGAUCAUUAUCACUUCUAAUAAUAAGAAAAUACCCUAUGUUAUAUUUUGAAAGGAAAUCAAAUUCCAAAUCAAUAUUUAGAAAUGAGAAAAUGGAAAGAUUAGAAGAAGAAAAUUAUAAAAUAACCCAACAAAAAAAUUUAGAAAAAAUUUCAAGUAUCGUUAGAACUGAACUGGAAGCUGAAUUAAUAUUAAAAACUGAAAAUAAAAUAAAAUCAAGGAUUUUGACUAAAGACAAUAUUGACAAUUUUAGUCUAGAAGAACUUAGUUGUAUAAUUGAAAAUAGUAUGGAUCCUUCUGAAAUUCAAUCGAUCAUGUCUAAAGAAAAAUUAGAAGCUGUUAAAUAUUACAAAAAAUCUCAACAAGAUAAUUUCAUUCAAGAGUUAAAGAGUAGAGUUAAUAAAGUCUAUUCUGAAAAGUUUGAAAAUUCCUCGCGUAAAGUAAUUCCAUUACUUAAGCUACGGGUUGUUGAAGUAAUACAUUCAUCUACAGGAUUCAAUUCUGCUAUACUUACUAUAUGGAAUCCUUCUGAAGAUAUAAUUACAUUUUUUGAUCAAAUAUCUGAAGGCCAAUGCUGUGUAUUUAAUUAUAUUACAGUUACUGGAUUUAUAAAUGGUGAACUUCAAUUAUCAGCUGGGAAACAAUCAACUUACAUUACAAGAAAAAAGUUGGAUGUUUUUGCUAAACGCAAAGUUGUUAGUACAAAAGAUAUUUGGUCUGAUCACUUUACAUCCUUUUUUGGUGAAGUAGAUAUUGUUAGUAUUGUUAUUAAAGUAAACAAAACGAGCAUUUUUGAAGAAGUAUAUGUUAGUGAUACAGAAAUGAAUGUUAUAAGUAUUAUAUUUCAAAACAGUAUAAAGGAAUUUUGCUGUAAUGAAAUGUUGAUUCCUGGUACUGUGUUAUGUGGUAUAAAUCUUUUAUUAAAAAACAAAGAAAAAAAAACUUUUUUACCAAAGUUGUGGGUCUCUGAACUAUCAUCGUUUUCAACUCUACCUAAAGCUGAAUAUUUGAGAAUACGUGUUCAAGAAUAUAAAAUUUUCAUGAAUAAUGUAAAACAUGAGAAUUUAGAUUUUCUUCAAGUUUGUCAAGGUAAGGUUAACACUUAUCUGUUAAACAAUGAUAAUACAAUACUAAAUAUGUCCAAGAAUAAAAUUGAAACGCAUUGUAGAGAGGUAUCAUCAUCUAUUGUUAAUACAUCACUCAAUAAUUUUCAAUCUGAAUUUUCACCAGCAAGAAAACGAAUUAAAAUGUUAAAUGCCUAUGGUAAAACUCCUCCUUUAAACAUUGUUCAUACUAAGCCUAUAAAUAAAAAGCUAACGAGUCAGUUCAAAACACCCAGUCGAAUUUAAAUUUAAAUAAAUUAAACCAUGAUGAU